CGUUGUUACAUCUUCUUCCCGGUCUUUCCAUUGGCUGGCAGAGCGUCAUCGGUGAUGUCCAGAUCGGGUCUGAAACAAACAAUGGCUUGCCUUUCAUCCUACUGUUGGAACCCUUUCCACAGUGCUGUGAACCACGGUGAAGCUGAUCUCUCGGCCGCCAUGCAAAGAACACUCCUCCGCAAGAGCAUAAGACGGCUUGCUGUCAGUUCUCGCAAGCACUCAUCCUCUCCGUUUUGCUCGACCACGACUUCUCCUUCAGCACUAAAGAAGUCGAUAGUCCCAGACCACACUCUUUCGACCAACGAUGUUCAAAGACGACAGCCAGCGAGCAAGCCAUCUGUCAAGGACCUCUUCUCGCUGGAAGAGAGAACGAUCGUCGUGACCGGCGCUGGGCGAGGUCUAGGUAUUACCCUUGCCUCGGCUGUACCCGACGCAGGUGGGGAUGUUGUGUGCCUUGAUGUGCUCUCACAACCAAGUGAGGCGGAAUGGGCUGGAAUUACCAAAGUGGGAGAAGUGACUGGUCGAAAUGCGAUGUACCAUAAAUGCGACAUUACUAAAGAAGAGGACGUCCAAGCUACUCUGGCAGACGUGGCAUCUCAGGCAGAGAAGAGAAACAAGCCUAUACGUGGUCUGAUCAGUUGUGCCGGUAUUCAGCAAAUGCUUGAUGCAAUUGACUAUCCCACCGACGGGUUCCGCAGAAUCUUGGACGUGAAUGUAACAAGCAGCUUCCUCGUUGCGAAACACACAGCGCGCCUCAUGAGAGACGCGAAGAACAGCGGGAGCAUUGUGUUCAUAGCAUCUAUGUCAGGACAGAUAGCAAAUCGGGGCAUCCAUUGCUCCGCAUACAAUACAUCCAAAGCCGCAGUACAGCAGAUGAGCCGGUCUCUAUCUGUGGAAUGGGGCCGUUAUGGCAUCAGGGUCAACAGCCUCUCGCCUGGAUACAUUCGCACUGCAAUGACUGAUCAACUUUUGGCAGAGAAGCGGGAGAUAGAAAAACUAUGGAUGGCAGGUGCAUUACUUGGCCGACUGGGUUCAGUGGAGGACUUUAAGGCGCCUGCAGUGUACUUGCUCGCCGAUGGGGCAUCCAAAGUAGAAUUGACCACGUUCUGGCACCCUUUGGAGACGAAGGACAUUUAUAGACCGGAUUUAAGCUUCCAGCAUACGAGCCUAAGGAUUCCUAGGGUUCCCCGGCCUUUCCCUCGAGCAAAGCAACUGACAGUCUCAAGCUCCCAUAACUAUCAUAGUACCAGUAAUGAAUCCUCACGACGGGGCCAUGUGAUGGUCCAGCAAGAGCCCUCGAUGGAGGGCAACACGCAGGCGACACCCUCGAAGAGAGACAGGGACUUCGCCGUCUCCAAACGCAGCAGAGGCCGGAGUGGAUGCUUGAAUUGUCGACGUCGUCGGAAGAAAUGCGACGAAACGAAGCCGGAUUGUGCGAAGUGCACCACGCGCGGCGAAGUCUGCGAAUGGGACACUGGAAUCACUUUUCGACUAUCUGGCAUCGACAGCUAUCACCCAUCUAUGGUCCAUUCAAGAAACUUGAAGACCCACAAUGAAUAUCAGAUCAUGAACGUCACCUUCGACGACAGUAAAGGUGCCUUGCAGCACACAUAUCAGGAACAGCACGACGCCAUGUCCCAACACUCUUCGUCGUCUUUCGAUGAGCAAAGCGUUGAAUAUGUGCAAGAAGGCCACUCCGACAUAAAUGUCGCUUUACCGGAUAAUGAGCAGAUCUUGAGGACUUUGUCCAGAGAUAGUGGCGCCUUCUCGACUCAUAGUGUGUCCAUCACAGGCGCACCUUUGGAGAGACGUCCAAGCACCCAGACCAUGGAGACUUCCACCCAACUUCAUGUUUCGGAGGAUGGCUUGAUGAACUCAACCGCUGGCAGCAAGAGAAGUACCAGCAAGGGCAACCCUAAUCACCACGAAAGCAAUGUUGGCACUUUUCCACUAUCAUUACCACACAUCAGCGCACCAAUUGAGAUGCCAGGAUUACCAACUAACGUGGCAAUAAACCCCGGAUUCAGGACGACAGACCCGUUCAACAGUGAAACACGUGAGCAGCAGCUACCUACAUCGACAUUUUCAGAGCUCGAGGCGCUCGACUAUCUCACAUGCCAGCCAAAUAAUCUCGACUCAUUCGCAACCGUGAUGCAGCAGGAUGGAUUAACGCAGCGCUACACCACGAAUAAUUCAGAUCUCAUACAGUCCCCUUUCGCCACUACAUCGACUCUGGGUGAUUCUGCUGACUUGCGCAACAUCUUUUAUCCCAGUGCUACAUAUCAGGAUUUGCACUCAACUCUAUACCGUCACAUGGUGGAGACGGCGCGGAAUACUGCUUUGACAAGACAGGCAACACCGGAUCCAUUCGGUCAAGAGGCUCCUCCCAUCCUCCAUGAUGCCCCAUCUUCCUCAUCCAAUGUCAACAACAUUCGAUCACCAGUCCGAGAACUAGGCCUGCGGCUUCAGCCAUUGAAAUCCGGCAAACUGGCUCAAAGACGACAUUUCGAACUCUGGCGCAACUAUCUCGACGAAGUUGCCGUGUGGCUUGACAUGUUCGAUAACGACCGACAUUUCCAGUUCAAGAUACCACUUCUUGCCAAAUCGGCCGACCAUCUUCACUAUUCCAUCUUAGCACUUUCCGCACGGCAGAUGGAGAGAAAGGAUCCUGACAAACCAUAUACAGAAUCGUUGGGACUGUAUCAAGAGGCAAUCCGGCUAAUAGUCAAAGAACUGUACACUUUGGACACUGCUGUGAUCGCUUCUUGUGUCUUAUUGUGUGUCCUAGAGAUGAUGAGCUCCUCACCAAGGGCCUGGGGUCGUCAUCUAGAUGGCUGCGCCAUGCUUCUUGAGGCAGCCGGUGUAAAUGGCGUUGUUGGCGGAGUUCGACAAUCGCUGUUCUGGUGCUUUGCAAGGAUGCACGUUUGGGGAGGAUAUCUCGAAGAUACAUUGACCAAGAUUCCCACGAGCCGAUGGUUUAUUCCAAGCGGAUCCAUGAUUGACGCCGUGACUCAUUUCAAGGCAGGAUCUGGGAGUGACAGUUAUGCCGAUUAUGCUGUCUUCCUGUGCGCCAGUGUUGUCAACGUGACAUCCAACAAGACUGGUCCCCAUGUGGAACGUACUGAGAUGGUCUCUGUCACGUCAACCACCUAUGCUGCUCGAUGGAAGGCGUUGUUUGACUUGUUGGAAGACUGGUAUAACAAUCGUUCGGAGGCCAUGCAACCACUUAUGGCGUAUCCAUCCAGUGCCGACGAACCUCGAGAGCCGUUUCCUGUUGUGCUUUACAACAAUUCGCCCGCUGUCAAUGGUAACUCGCUAUACCACGCCGCAGCAAUCUUGAUGUUACAGAACAAGCCCAAGGGUAUGCGUCUCUCAAGGUCUCCAAAGUCGAUCUUAUGGCACGCUCGUCAGAUUUGCGGUAUCGCUGUAUCGAACGGUGACCAUGGGGCGUGGAUAAAUUCUUUACAACCACUCUGGAUUGCUGGCAAGAUCAUGUCGCACGAAACCGAACAUCGAGCCAUUCUCGAGCUUUUGGCACAAAUCGAGAGGGAGAGUGGUUGGGCGACUGCGUGGAGGGCAGAGGACCUUAGGGAUUAUUGGGGAGAAACUGAAUUUUCAGAGACGUAAUAAGUGUGCAGGACUACUUUCUAAAAUCACGGAACUCAAUUGCGCCUUCUCCAUGAGCUGCUUUCGCAACGCUGAGUAAGAAACAGCGAGAACAUGUUUGAGCCAGAUGUACAAAGAGUCUGACGGGCUGAAAUCCGGGGAAACCCCGAAUUGGGGCCCCCAAACGCACAUCAUACCCUGAGAACCAAUGGAUUCGUGAUACUGACACUCUCCAAGCUACACCCAAAGAGGCAAUAUCGAGCGCUCAAGCCGUGAAUGCCGAUUACUUCCAGGCGCUUCGCUAUCCCCAGACCGAUCAAGGCGAAAAGAAAACAAUAUCACCUCUCC